AUGCACCGUCAUGACGUGUGCGUGGAAACGAGUUUCAUCAAUCAAGUGGUGAUUGGGGGUGGCAACAUUUGGACCAAGAGCCGGUUUACCUUAUACACGUCCUUCCAACGAUACAUGUGUUAUAUUUGUCGAAAUCCAAACGGCAGCCAACAGCCCGGCUGGAGAUGUAGUCAGCGAAAUGGAGUGACUGACAUUCGUCUAAACACGUGUCGAAGUGUCCUGGAGGAUCAUGUUAUUCCCCAUGAUUACUUUCAAAGAUCAUGCUUCUCUCUGAAUUACACGCAAUGGAACAAGCCCUCUCUUAACCAAGCUUCAGCCUCAUGUCACCCUCUUCUAACCACCUCUCCACCCCAACCCCUCUCUCACGCCACGCGCCCAUGGUGUGACGGAUCUCGUGUGCGCGCCCUCUCUCUCUCUCUCUCUCUCUCUCUCUCUCUCUCUCUCUCUCAUUUCCAUCCGCCGCGCUCGCCUGGCUCCUGCUGCGCGUCUCCUCUCCGCCUCGGUCUCUACCUCUGCCUCUGCCAACCUCCAUCCCUCUCUCUCUCUCUCUCUCUGUGUUCCGGGGGCUUUCAGGUUCCCCCCCUCCAUUCCAUCCCGGCGACACCACACACGCACACCGCGUGUCGGCCCAUCAGCGUCGUCAUCAUUAUCAGCAUCAUGCUCAGCUGGCCCUCUCUUCUCGCCGUGGCGAUCCUUUGCUCAGCCGUCGCCUUGGCGCUGUGUGAAGUCAACAUCUCCGCCUUUGAUUCCGAUCCUCUCGAUCAGGACGAGCUUGUCAGCCAAACGGCCCCGGCCGCCGCUGCCGCCGCCGCUGCCGGUUGUGCCAGCUCGGAAACAGCCAAUCUUGUCGAUUCCCUCGUCGUGGCUGAGCUGAGCCGCUUGGCCUCCGUCGCCGUCUGGAACUACGCUCCCGUCAUGGUCCUCACCCUCUUUCUCGGCUUUGUUAUCACGGCCACCGCUGGUCUGUUGGCCCUGACCGGUCUCUUUGGCCGACGGGCCACAUCGGCCAUCGCUAGCACGCUGGCCUACUGGCGUGGCCUGGCCUUUUUCUCCCUGGGCGGUGCCUACGACAAGAGCCCCGUGUUCCAGGAGCCACAGCAGAUUCGCCGCCGUGUCCACGUCUACAGCCUCUCCCUCAUCCUCUACCUCUGGAAUCGUCCCCACUACCGUUCCGGCACCUUUCAGCAAGACACGGCCAAGAACCUGCGCAACGUGUGCUUCCCCGGCACUGGCAUUCCCCUCUCCUGGAUUGCAUUGGCCCGCCCCGUCAUGGUCCUGGCGCUCUUCCUCGGCGCCCCCCUAUUGGCCCUCGUCUACGCCGUGGUCCUGACGGGUCGUGCGGGCCUUCCAGCCAUUUUUGAAAAAUACGAGCAGCUUCUCCUGGAACCCGAGGAGUGGUUCUUCUACUGGCGUCUCAACUGCCGCCUCGCCUCCUACCACGCGUACCUCACCAAGGCUCAGGGCUUUUGCAUGGAAGACAAGUGGACUUUUCUGGUCGAGGCCGAGCGUCUGGGCGUCCCCAUCUCCCCCGUCAUGAAGGUCCCUGCCCUGAUUGUCAAAGACCGCAACGAAGAAGGUGGCAUGGGCAUUCACCUCUUUCGCAACGCUGAAGCCGGGGGACGUUGGAUCAUCCAGCAAGCUCUCACCAACGACGAGAGCAUCGCCAAGUGGCUCCCGGAGCAUGCUCCCCUCAGCACCAUGCGCGUCAUUACUUCCAGCGACGGUGCCAUGCAUGUGGCCACUGACAAGGGUUUGCCCGACUCUGAUGCCGAUCGCCUAAGCGAUGUACGCGUGUUGUCCUGCGUGUUCCGGGCUGGCCGCGAAGGAGCCGCUACCGACCACUCGAGCAUUCUCUUUGACGUCGACCAACGGUCCGGCCGCAUUGGCAACGGUACCACCAACGCCCACUGGUACCGCCUUGGCCUCCAUCGUCACCUCCUGCAGUACCAACCCGCCCCGCAAUGCACCGAACACCCCGACUCGGGUGCCACCCUGACCAACGAAUCCUUUGAGAACAUGGAUGAUAUCAAGCGCCUGUGUCGUGAAGCACACGCCCGCCUCCUUCCCGACGUUCCUCUGGCCGGUUGGGACGUGGCGCUCACCCGAGAGGCUGGGCGGUGUUUGCUUGAAGUCAAUCUCAGCUGCAACUUUUUCAACGGCAGCUUCGACCGUGACCUGUACUUUAACUGGAUGCAUGAGCUCCUUGCCAGCCUUGAUCAGCGUCGUCGUCAGUUGAACCAGUAG